AUGGCAGAAACAGAAGAAAGAUCUGUUGAUGCCAAUAAGCAAGACAGAAGUGAAUAUUACCCAGAAUGGGAAGGUGAUGAGGAGCAAAGAAAAGACAGAAAAUCUACAGCCAAGCUUUUCGGCCCACAGAAGGAUCCUCAGUGGUGGGAUAUUUCAACCUUUUCAAAAGAUGACAAUCCUCACGGUUUGGUGACGGAAUCGUCAUUCUCUUCUCUUUUCCCUAAAUAUCGCGAGAAGUAUAUUAGGGAAUGCUGGCCACUAAUGGAGAAGGCAAUGGCAGACCACUUUUUGAAAGCUGAUCUCGAUGUCAUAGAGGGAACAAUGACUGUUAGAACCACAAGAAAAACAUGGGAUCCCUAUAUUCUCGUAAAGGCUCGUGAUGUUCUCAAGCUUUUGUCCAGAGGUGUAACAUUCGAACAAUCCAUACGAGUUCUUGACGAUGAAAUUUUCUGUGAAAUUAUCAAAAUUGAUACAUUGUGUCGUAAUAAGGAAAGGUUUUUAAAACGAAGAAAUCGAUUGGUAGGAAACAAUGGCUCAACACUCAAAGCAAUGGAGCUUCUCACUAAAUGCUACGUCUGUAUACAGGGAGGAACAGUUUGUGCUGUUGGUCCAUUAACAGGAUUGAAACAAGUCAAUAAAAUUGUCACGGAUUGCAUGAGCAAUGUCCAUCCCAUCUAUAAUAUAAAGACUCUGAUGAUCAAGCGAGAACUGGAGAAGAACGAGGAUUUGAAGAAUGAAAACUGGGAGAGGUUCCUUCCUAAGUUCAAGAAGAGAGUACAAACUGCCGCUGCUACUAAGGAAGCGAAGAAGAAGAAGGCGAAGAGCUGGAAGGAGAAGAAACCAUACACUCCAUUCCCCAACCCACCACAAAUGAGCAAGCUUGAUCUUCAACUUGAGAGUGGAGAAUAUUUCUUCGAUGAAGAAGUUAAUAAGCGCGUGAAGAUGAAGGAAAAGAGAAUGAAGUCGCACGAGAAUGCCGAGAUUAACAAAAAAGAAAAGCUCAAAGUGUACCAACCUAAAGAGGAGAAGCCUCGCGAGAAGAAAACCAAACGCAAAGAAGCCGAACCUGUGGAUCUGGAAGCUUUGAAGCAAAAAGCCAAAAAACUCAAAAAGUCUGCUUGA